AGACCAGACUCAAAGUACGUCGUUUUCGAGGGUUUACCCCAUGCCUCGCCCGCCCAAGAAGUCUCCGGCAAGGUGGUCAUCAACGCCUGCGGUAGUAUCAAAGUGAAGCAAUUGAGGUUGGACUUGAUCCGGAGGCAGAAGGUCUCAUGGCCCACCCAGCACCAUCUCAAAGACAAGACCAUCCUCACCAAACGAGCUGCGUCCUCCAAGAAGACUUCCCCCCUCGAGCACGUCGAUCUCCUUCCUCUUGCCGAGAGCGGUUCCUACAAGCUCAGCCGCGGAGCCCACGAACUCCCCUUCUCCUUCACGCUGCCGGGAGACACAGAGGAAAGCAUCGAAGGACACGAAGAUUGGUGGAAUGUCUACGAGUUGCGAGCCACUUUGGUGAAAGGUCCCUUAGGUCGGACUGUCAAGGAGAGCUGCCACCUUCGUGUCAUCAGAACCCAGGGCGACGAGGACUGGGUGCCAGUGCCCUAUACUGUCCAGAACCACUGGACGGGCAAAUGCAUUUAUGACGUGCUUGUACCCAACACCAAGGCCGUCAUGGGCGGCAAAAUGGAGGCCGAGUUCACCGUCACGCUUCUGAACCCAGCCCUGGAAAUCAUACGAUACACCGCAAGCAUCCUGGAGCAAGUACAACUGUUCUGUUCAUACGACAGCGGUUAUCGACCCGACCUUCGAGCCGAUCACGUCGCCAUGAAGGAGAAAUCCUGGACGCUGCCAGAGGAUUCGAAGCGCACGAACCCCGACGAUUUGGAGUUUUGGGAUGUCGAGAGGCUUGAAAACGACGGCCAUCGAUUCAAGUGCAGAUUUGACCUUCCGAACAACCUGAGAGAGUGCAGGCAGACGGCGGACAUCGAGGACAUCCGCGUCCGCCACAAGCUCAUACUACGCUGCUAUAUACUCAAUCCCGAAGGCCACACUAGUGCCCUGGAGAUCAAAAUACCCAUUCAUCUCUUCAUCUCGCCCAUUCUACCACCCAACGAUGAUCAUAGGGUGCCCACCAACCCGGACCUCAUCACGUCCGCAGCCGAACAGGUGCAAGAGAGGCUGGCCCCUCCGCCCACCUACGGCGAGAGGCAUCUAGACAUUUUGUUCAGCGGCAUCGAUCCCGACGACUUUUUGACUCCAAUGGCGCCUGGAAGUGCUGCUGCCAGCGGCACAAAUACCCCGUUUUUGGUCGCCAGCCGUGCCACGUCCUCUGAACAUCUGCCCUUGGCAAUGCCUGAGGGAAGGGCUGACACUCAGCAGCAAGGAGAACACGACGUCGAUGCUCUAGUAAAUCGUUUGGAUGCCUUGCAGCGUACUCCUCUUGCGCAGCGCGACUUCGACCUUCGUGCGCUGUCGCGAAUCCCAUCAUAUAACACCGCUGUCCGGACCCCAGCGCCUCGCGAUUCCGCACUUAUUGCGCCGACGUAUACCGACCCUCCAUCCCGUCCGUCCUCGCAAAUCUAUACAGAGUCGACUUUGGCAUCGUCACCACCGGCCGCGAGGACUAACUCGACCAUAUCGACCUCAUCCGACUCAUCUUCAACAUCUGCAUGUUCCGCUGCAUCGGCGAGCGAGAGUCCCAAGACGUCGAUUGAACACGUCUCCGAGCAGGCAAUGCAGGCUGCCUCGUCGGAGCAGCCUUCUUCUUCCUCUCCGUUAGUUAAAGAUACCCAGUCACGCUCUCCGCCUAAUCCUUUUCGGCGCAUUUUGAGGAGUGUACAUUAG